GUGUAGCGCUCGGCCUGUUCCACGGACUGUAACCGUAUUCGCGGGGGGAGCGGAGCAGCUUGGUGUCUCGGGUCGUGUCGCGUUGGAGGGUUUUUGCAUGUAAACAAAACAGACCGAGAAACGCUUGAUAGCUCAACGUUAGCUGUCCCAGUCGUUUUUAGACGUGUUUUAUGUAGAUGCGCGCGCACUGGCACGACCACACAACACACAUCUCCAUCAAAUGUCAUAAGUUAUUGAACUCUUUAGUUAAUUAAUGGCCUGACGAAAUUAUGCGAGGCUACGGCAUGCUAAGCUAAUUUCUGCUAAGAUAUGAUAUAUACACAGGCCUUGCACUGAAGUUGAACUUCUAAACGGACUUUAUAACUUGUUACAUUCGCGCGAGGCCCGCACUUCCAGGGCCGUUUUGGAUGAGGAAGUGAACUCAACACAGACAACCCAGGAUAAAGGAACCCAUUUGAUGGGCAAAUCCUCUUUCCUGAACUCCUGGGGCAAAAUCUGAGCAGCGAUCAUGGACGAACAGGAGGUUUUGAACUCGAUCAUGCAGGACCUGGCUGAACUGCAGCGCUCCAGCCGGUCAGCCAUGCCUGAUCUGGGAAAACCUAAAGCCUCAUCCCCCAAGAACCAGAAUGAUGUUCGGGUGAAGUUCGAGUACCGAGGAGAGAAGAGGAUUCUGCAGUUUCCUCGACCUCUCAGGCUGGACGAUCUGAGUGCCAAAGCUAAAGUGGCGUUUGGUCAGACGAUGGACCUGCACUACACCAAUAAUGAGCUGAUCAUUCCUUUGAGCACACAAGAUGAUCUGGAUAAGGCUGUUGAGCUGCUGGAUCGCUCUGUUCACAUGAAGAGUCUUAAGAUACUGCUGGUGCUUCCAGCAUCUUCUCAGAACUCUCUCUCCGGUAUGAAUAUGUUGCUGACUCACGAGCAUCUGGACAACACGGACAGGAAGAACAUGCUGGCCCUGAUAGGAUCUCAGUCAACAGAUCGCAGCUCUCCUCCUCCAGGCUACAUCCCUGAUGCUCUGCAGCAGGUGGCCAGAAACGGCUCAUUCACCAGCAUCAACAGCGAGGGAGAGUUCAUACCUGAGAGCAUGGACCAGAUGCUGGAUCCACUGUCCAUGAGCAGUCCUGAGAAUUCAGCAUCAGGCAGCUGUCCUUCACUGGAUAGCCCUCUCGACAGUGAUACCUAUCCUAAAUCGCGCAUGCCUAGAGCUCAAAGUUACCCAGACAACCAUCAGGACUUUCCGGAAUGUGACAUUCCAGUAUUUGAGAAGUCAGGGAAAGGUGGGACGUAUCCACGGAGGUACCCCAUUCCCUUUGGUCUGCAGGACUAUAGUGACGGUCGUAAGACAUUUCCACGAGCACGGCGAACACAGGGACACGGUUUCCGCUCACCCAUGAGCUUCAGUCCGACAGACCAGAGCCCGAGCACCAGCAGUGGCAGCAGCAUUUUUUCGCCUGAACUGGAAGAGCCAGGUCGUCGUCGUCGUGGUAGCGACAUCGAACCCAACCCUAGCACCAACCCAACACUCUCUGUCAUGGACAUCAGCCCGCCCAGUCGCUCUCCUCGUGCCCCCACAAACUGGCGCCUGGGAAAGCUGCUGGGUCAGGGAGGUUUUGGUCGGGUCUUCCUCUGUUACGAUGCUGACACGGGCAGAGAACUCGCCGUCAAACAGGUCCAGUUCGACCCAGACAGCCCAGAGACCAGCAAGGAGGUGAGCGCAUUGGAGUGUGAGAUCCAGCUCCUGAAAAAUCUUUUUCAUGAACGCAUAGUCCAGUACUAUGGCUGCCUGCGGGAUACACACGAAAGAACUCUUUCCAUCUUCAUGGAGUACAUGCCUGGGGGGUCAAUUAAAGACCAACUCAAGUCUUACGGCGCACUGACAGAAAAUGUCACGCGUAAAUACACACGACAGAUCUUGGAAGGAGUGUGUUACCUGCACAGCAACAUGAUUGUACACAGAGACAUUAAAGGUGCGAACAUCCUGAGAGAUUCAGCCGGGAAUGUGAAGCUAGGCGACUUCGGGGCAAGUCGUCGGCUACAGACUAUCUGUCUGUCAGGAACGGGUAUAAAAUCAGUGACGGGAACGCCAUAUUGGAUGAGUCCAGAGGUCAUUAGUGGAGAGGGCUAUGGAAGGAAAGCUGAUAUAUGGAGUGUCGGCUGCACCGUAGUCGAAAUGCUCACCCAGCGUCCUCCUUGGGCGGAGUUCGAGGCGAUGGCGGCCAUCUUCAAAAUCGCAACCCAACCAACCAACCCUACACUCCCAGCUCAUGUGUCUGACCACUGCCGUGACUUCCUUAAACGCAUUUUUGUGGAAACAAAACAACGGCCAGCUGCUGAGGACUUAUUACGGCAUUUGUUCGUUCACUAACCCCGUCCUGCCCUCAAUCACUGAAUGAUUAGGGACAACCCUAAGUGUCUGCCCUUUUCUACACUUCGCCCAGCCUGCUGUAAAGCUCUCCCAUUGGCCCAGAGAGAAUGGGGGAUAUGGCUUAGCAGACAGGGGCUUAACACCUCUGUUGGUGGAGGAUAGCAUUUGGGAGCAGCUUGAUUCUGUAUGAAAACAUUGCACCUUAAUUUCACUCAGGGGUAAGUACCCCUAAAGACUAAAGGAGUUUUGUUAUUGUAGAUUUUUCUUACUUAUGAGUUAUGCGAAUUUGGACUAGGAGACUAAGCUCCGGGGAGUCUCGUCAGCUUCUAGGCUCAUGGGAUGAAUCUGAGAGGCUAUCUCAUUCCAACACGACCCAGAAUGUACUGUCAAGCCCAGGAGAGGGCUGGUGUGCCAUCAAGCUGCUAAAAAAAAAACAAAAAACAGGCAAAUCUAUGGAAAAAAAAUCAGACCACAGGGUGUUGGGACUCCAGCGUUACUCCUCUAAGUUCUCAUUCUCUUGCACAGUUAGUACAGACCACAGACACACUCUCACUUUCAUCAAUAUCUAUACUGUAGAUUUUUUCACUCACUAUGCUGUACAAAUGUUAGUUUUUGCUGUAUCUCCGUCUCGCUCUCUCUGUGUUCACAGUUUAUCAGACAGUGCCACUAUUUUUGAGCUGUAGGGUCAGGCAGGAUUGUGACUCGGUUAUUUCGCUCACAAUCGAUGUUGCUUUUUCUUUGUGCCUUUUAGGUUUGUGGAAACAGUUUUGUGAGUCUGUGCUCUCACGCCAAGUGUGAUCGUUCAGCUUCAGACCUUUAGACGUCUUCUCCUCCUCUUAUUCACUGCUUCAUUAACAAACUGACUCCAGGUCAGUUCCUUAAGCACUCCUUUGCCUUCCCGUGACGCAGUGCCGUAAUCUUCAGUGUAAGCUGAGGUCUUUUUGAAAGACGUUCGUUCGUAAAAGCCAAAAACCCAGAGCACACACACUGGGGUUGGUGCCUAGUGACUAGUAUCAUGUCUUUAAAGGAAAAAUGCACACUGAAUGACUUGCAUAUUAACAUAUGUGAUGUGUUUUAGGGUGGACUUUUCCUUUAACAGCAGUAUGAAUGUUAUUUAUUUGAAAUUGGUGAUUGACUGAAUACACAAAAGGCUCGUUUAGAUUACAAUUCAUCUAUAUGCAUUUUUUUAAUGCCAUGUCUUUUGAAGCCAGCAGAAUUCUAUAGUAUUAUUUUUAUUCCUUUUUUUUUUCUUUUCUUUUUUUACAGUACCAUACAAUAUGAAGAAAAAAUAUAAAAUUUGAUUUCAGUGUUUUUGUUCAUUAUAAACAGACCUCAGAACGGCCAUCGUGAAUUCAAGUUCUCAUUAAUGCUCCACAGUACUUGACCAUUAUAUAUUUUUUUUUAACUGAAACUGACCUCACUAUCCCACGAAAGUCUUGAGAAAGGUUUUUUUUUUUUAUUUUUUAUUAAAUUCUAAAGCUUGUUAAACCUUAUUAAUCCAUUACACACACUUGCACACACUACUGCAGCACGCUUAGCGUCUUCGCCUUGCCUUUUGUUUGCAGAUGUGUAAAUCAACGUUUUGUCACAGCAGUUGUUUUGGUACAUCAGUGCCUAGGUUUCAGCCAUUUACUUGACUUUCUCUUCUCUACCUUUUUCUCUUCAUGUCCUGGGUCUCGGCAAAGCUCUUUGGAACAAACCAGAGUUUGUUUAAACCAUUUACAAUGCCGCUGAAUUUUCCUAAUGAGCUCAGCCUUUUAACAAAGUACGAAAUCAAAUGAAUGUAAUGAAGUGAUGUUUUGCCUGUAGGCCCUGACUGAUCUGAACUGAGCUCCCCAUGCACGGGAAACCUGUGGCCAUGUUUACAUGCAGACAUUUCCACUAAUCCACACAAAUUCUUAUCUAUUUACCUUAAAGUCAGCGAUCUGGUAUAUCUCCAUUUACAUGUAUGUUACAUGUAAUCUCAUCCAAAUUUCUUCUCAUCACAAUUAUAAUGAGAAGUUUAGUUUAGUGAAGAUUUUAGUUACAGUGGAACCUCGGCAUAUUGAAUGCCCUCACCUACGAAUUUCCGCCUUAAGAAUUGAAUUUUUUCAAGAUAUUUGCAUCAGCAUACGAAGCAUUUUCGGCGUACGAACGAACUAAGUUGCGUCUAUGUCUGGGAGCUGUUCUUCCAUCAGUGGAAAGCCAAGCGAAACGAGUUUAUGAAUUUUAUGAAAGCUGUUUUGAAAGAGUCAACCCAUGGUGCCAACGUUGCCUUCAGCAUACGUUCAAAAGCUAGGUGAUUUUUCAGCCGUUUUUUGUUGACCGAUUGCUGGCUUGGGUGAUCUGUUCUAUUUUUAGCCCAAACUUGGUGGCACGAAUUCCUGUGAGGACCCUUGGAAGUUGGUGAUAUUUUUGGGUGGCUGGAACAGAUUAUUUUCGCCUUAAGAACCCAGAAGGAAUUAGAUUCGUAUGCCAAGCUUCCAUUGUAUGGUAAUGUUUGCACCUGAACAUGGCUCUUGAUCGAGUGUCCAUUUCUCCCUCACAUACCGCUGUGAUGAACAAAACCUUGGACGUGAAUUCGCACAUUAGGUAUUUUGGUUUUAAGAGUUAUUUAACUUUUAUUACAUCCUCAAGCUGAAUCUGAUGGGUUGCAUAAAAAGCUGCUGCUGUUAUUUUGGUCACACGUUUUUAUUCUUGCCGAAAGGAAAUAGCGGUGAAUUGAUGGUACGUGUUCGCUCGCCGAUCUAUCAGUAGUGCUUCAUUGAAUAUAAAGCAGUACUGUAGGGUAUCACCUCAAAUCAGUUAGCUUAUAUGGAUUAGCACUAGGCUGCUAGGGUUGUUUUUUGUGUGUGAAGGCUAUUUUAAUAAAUUUGAAAGCUCUGCUUUAAGGAGUUUGGGAUUUUCCAUCGGCGCUGUACGGUGUGGAUCAUUAACGCUGCCGUGUAGAUGGGGGCGGUAUUGACAAGAACCACAGGAAAAGUAAAAAAGCCUCUAAGCUGGUGCUUCACAAAGCCUCUGGAGAGCCGUUAAUAAUUGAGAUGCAACUGUUUCACUCCAAAAUGAUGUUUACAGUUUUUUGUACUCCAGAUUCUUCAGUUUACCGUUAGAGACUCGGAGCCUGUUCGGUCGUUCGAAUUCAUUACAGUAAUCACUUCGACACCCUCUGUCAGGUUAAUGCAAGGUCAGGUGCAAUCCAGACCCCUCCCCUUUUCCUCCUCCACACUCUUCCCACUUUCCAGACCGGUACGUCGGGGUUCCCUGAGCCAAGAGCACUUUUUUUUUUAAUAGCUAUAUUGCGUUCCAUGUCGUGCUUAGCUUUAGCCAUAUAUCUCAAAGUCAAAAGGUCAGAAUUGGAAAGUACUCCUGGUUUAAGAUGCUAUUGAAACACAGUUUUUUUUUUUUUGUCUUGACCUGAAACGGAAAGAAAGCAUUAUUCAGUGUCUGCUAGCGUACUCGGUGUGCAGGCGUUUGUACCGUAUGUACGAUCGUACAAUCGUCUGUCCUUUUGAUGUUGAAAUUUUUGCACAUUUUUGAGACCAUGAUUUGUACACUGAUUUUAAUACUUUUGCCAGUGAAUGUUUGGCACAUCGUGUGCAUGUGUGUGUGUGGAAGAGUGUGAGUAAGAUUUUGAUUGUAUGUCGAUACAGGGAACAGUAGGAUUCUCUGACACGGUGUGGUAGGAAGAGCCGAGCUCGUGCAGGAAUGUACCGGUGGCACUGUUCGUGUGUUUGCGUGUACGUCUGCAUCAUUGUGUGACUUGUUACGAUGCAGCCUGCAGGAUUUGACAAGCCAGCGCCAUCUUCCGAUUUCAACACUUCCUAACAAACUCAUUCCUAAUCAGCUUCACGUAACUAACAGGACAGGCUUUCAAAAUAAAGUUCGUUGUGCCACUGCUGCCACUCCUGAAUGCACUUUUUGUAUGGGUGUGUGUAUGUUGUGUGUCUGUAUGUUGUGAAUGUGUGUGUGUCAGACCUUUUUUCUGAUUCGAGUAUUGCCAGUGCAAAGAGCACUGUGCUCAAUGCCUUGCGCUUUUGACUACACAAAUGAAAAGGAAAAAAAAAUGUAACCAAAAGGGGGGAAAACCCAACCAAAAUAUAUAUAAAAAUGAAUAAAUAAAAAAAAAAAGAAAGAUUUUCUUUUUUUUCUUCUUCUUUUUUUUUUUUUUUGACAGAGUUCACUUAUCUGACUCGAAAAUCUCUUGUCUGCUUUGUCUAUGGUACGAGAAAGCCAUGUUUAUAAUUCAAUUUGGUUUGUGACCAAUACGCCUGUUUAUAUCAAAAUCUGUAUAUCAGUGCUACGCAUAAGUUUUUUUUUUAUAUAUAUAAAUAUAUAUAAAAAUAUAUUUUAUUUUUUUUCCUUUCCUUUUUUUUUUUUAAAAAAAAAAAACAAAACUCAAGAUUAUAUGCAUGAUAGGCAUUUGAAUGGCCCCAUGAGGUUGUUUGACCUGCUAUGAAAGCAGAGCUGAUUGGACAAUUUGCUGGACAUCAUGAGAUUUGCCUGUAAACGGCUGGCACUUUGUAUAGUGUUGCUAAUAAUGAUGAAAAUAAUAAUAAAAAAAAAUAUUUAUUUCA